AUGUCUAAGUCUAUGGGAAAAUAUUGGUUUGGAGUUAUUUUAUCCAGCUCAUUUGGUUUAGGAGAUAUUCGCAUUUCCGAUUGGCGGAUAUAUAUUGACGGACUGGAUAUUAUCUAUUAUAAUCAGCAAGGCACUUUGAUGCAAUUAGUUGUGACUGCUUCAAACGGUGAAUGCGUUAUAAACCUAUUGACCAGAAAGUGGUGCAAAAAGUGUCGGCUCGACAAGUGUUUGGCCGCAGGAAUGCGAAAAGAGUUAAUUCGGAGUUAUUGUAACUCCGCGUUGACUACAAGUCACUCGUCGACUGAUUCAAAACCAAUUGACAAUAAUUUUUGUCAAGAAAUUGAUAUAUUGUUAGAAAACCCAAUCAAUACGAGUGCCGAAGAGCUUACGGAACAGAUCAGAGAUAUUGAAAACUAUGUGACAAACAAUAUAUUCACUGCAAGUAAUGAAGAGUCACCGGAAUUGCCAGUAAUUUCCGUAUUCAGG